CCUUUUCCUUUUGGCCAUGAAGUCCAUCUACCUCACAACCGCCCUUCUCGCGGCGUCGGCGACCGCGCUCGAGAUGACCAACAAGGAGCGCAACGAGCUCCUCCAAGAACUCGACGCGUGGAAGAAGAGCCAGGCUGGCAAGGCCGCGGUUGUCCAGGGUCUCCUCCCGCCCAAGCCGCGCACCGAGAGCUUCAACGCGCACGAGCAGCUCGAGACGGAGCUCAAGCGCUUUGCCCACACCAAGAAGGUCGUCGCGGACCUCAACAAGGAGCACAACGGGUCGGCGACCUUCUCGACCGACAACCAGUUUGCGCUCAUGACGGACGCCGAGUUUGAAAAGUUUGUCAAGGGCGCGUUCGGUUCGCCCCCCAAGAAGCGCCAGCUCCGCGGUGAAAACAUCCAGCUCCAGCUCACGCCGGCGCAGCGCGAGGCCAGCGGAAAGGACUGGACGACGGGCAAGUGCAUGCCGGCCAUCAAGAACCAAGGCGGCUGCGGCUCGUGCUGGUCGUUUGCGGCCGUCGGCGCGUCCGCGAUGGCGCACUGCCUCGUCACGGGUCAGCUCAUCGAUCUCUCGGAGCAGCAGCUCGUCAGCUGCGCGUCGAGCGCGGGCCAGGGCUGCCAGGGCGGCUGGCCCAACAAGGCCCUCGAGUACAUUGCGCAGACCGGCGUGUGCUCGUCGUCCGACUUUCCGUACACGCAGAGCGACAGCCAGUGCAAGCAGAACUGCAAGAAGAACAAGCUCAGCGUCGGCCGUCCAGUCGACAUUCGUGGCGAGAGUGCGCUGCAGUCGGCGCUCGACAAGCAACCGGUGACGGUCGUCGUCGAGGCCGGCAACAACGUGUGGCGCAACUACAAGAGCGGUAUUGUCAAGUCGUGUCCCGGUGGCCAGUCGGACCACGCCGUGAUUGCUGUGGGCUACGGCUCGGAUGGCGGCAGCUACUUUAAGAUCCGCAACUCGUGGGGCACCAACUGGGGCGAGCGCGGCUACAUGCGUCUCCAGCGCGGUGGCGGCGGCCAGGGCAUGUGCAAUGUGGCCGAGGCGCCGUCGUACCCGUCGAUGACCGGCAAGCCGCAGCCCGAUGACGGCGGUGGCGACGACGACAUGCCGACGUCCGACCCGGACGAUGGCAACAACGACCUCCCGACCGGCCCCCCGGAUGAUGGCAACGAUGACAACGAUCUCCCGACUGGUCCCCCGGAUGAUGAUGACAACAACCUUCCCACCGGUCCCCCGGAUGAUGAUGACAACAACCUUCCCACUGGUCCCCCCGAUGACAACGAUGACUUUCCCACGGGCGAGCCAGACGACAACAACGACUGGGACGACAACAACGACUGGGACGACAACAACAACUGGGAUGACCAGGACGGCGGUGACGACUGGAACUGGAACGGCGGUGACGACUUUUGGGGUCACUAA